GCCUUGUCCGAGCCAAGUUCGAACGUACCAACAACUGUAAACCUAGAGGACAACCGUUAUCCCUAUCACUGUCAACUCGUACCGUAGGUGUAUUGCUUAUCAAGUCUCUACAGCGAGCCUGCCAAUUGCAACGAACAGGAUUCAAGGUGCCAAGUAACGACCAUAAAAUGUCAAGUACCCGCUCACGAGGACCCUCUCUUGUUGUGCGAUUCUAUUUAAUCGCAUUCAAUGCAUUAUCUGCAGCAGGAUGGGCCUAUGUCAUUUACCUCGCUCUUGCCGUAUUCAGAGGUCAACGCGCUUCAAGUUCAGUACACGACUUCUUCAAACCACUUGCUUCAUACGUGCCGACUUCAAUCGUAGCAUUAUUGAUACCACAGCCUAAAUCAACCAACAAUUUCUCCACAACUCUCGCAUAUUUCUUGCAUUCAUACAUCCCUGCAACAUACGAAUCCACGUUCUCUGCCCUUGCACCUGUACAAUCGCUUGCCGCCCUUGAAAUAUUGCAUGUCCUUUUUGGAUUUGUGCGCUCCCCGCUCCCGACAACUGUCGUCCAGGUCUCAUCGCGUCUCAUCCUGAUCUGGGGAAUCGUCGAGCGCUUUCCCAAUACUCACUUGAGCCCGGUCUAUACCACUAUGAUCCUUGCUUGGGCGCUGACUGAAGUGCCACGCUAUGCAUACUACGCGCUCUCGCUUGCAGGUUGCGGCGUGCCUUCAUGGCUGACAUGGAUGCGCUAUUCCACAUUUUAUGUCCUGUAUCCUAUCGGCGCAGGAAGCGAGGCCCUAGUCAUGUUGAGCACCAUUUCAGAGUGGAGCAACGGCAAGUGGGCCGUGUGGAGCACCGAAGACCGGGUCAAGGCAGGUUUGGUGGCAAUUUGGGUGCCUGGACUGUGGGUGAUGUAUUCCCAUAUGAUGCGCAUGCGCCGCAAGGUGCUUGGUGUCGGUAAGGGCCAGAAGUUGGGAGCAAAGCCCAAAGACAGGCUCAAGGCGGAGUGAGAGGUGCCAUGGAUACAAAAUGUCACUAACUAUUCGCAAUGUCAUGGAACCACUUACCUUACGA